AUGAAGGCCUUCAUUGCUACAGGACUGCUGCUGCUCAUAUUUGGAAUGUGGAGAUGUUCUGGGAUACAGCAAGUAUCCAUGGAAUGCAAUUACUUUAAAUUCCGAGUUAUAGCUAAAAGGGCACUGUUUUUCCCAGAUGAAUUCGUUGACCCUGAUGAAUUAUUCCUAGGGCAAGACUGCCCAGUAACUUCCAUGAGACCAGAUGAACUUGAAUUUUUUUAUGAUAUCAGUUCCUGUGGGGCUUUCAUAGAGCACACAUUUGAUGGAACUAUUGUUAAUACUUGGCUCACCUAUAAGCCCAGGAAUAUAUCUUUUUCUGCUGAGCUUCAGCUGCAGUGUGUCAUUCUCAGAUACUCUUCUAAUGAGGCUCCUUGUAGACAUUAUUUUUAUGAUCUUAACCUAGAAUGUCACCUUCCUCCUCAAUGCUGGUUCCUCGUACUGAGGAGAUACUGCAGUAUUUGUGGCUAUGUCCACUUCCUAGAAAACUGGUCAAGGCCUUUUCAUGGGUGGAGGAGUGAGUCCUUUCAAAGACUUUUGCAUCGUUUACUUCACCACUGA